UAAUUUGUUAUAUUUUAUUUCAAAUAUUUCUAAAAAAAUUAUUUGUAAGUUAUAGUAGUAGUACCAGCAGAGUUUGAUAUUAUUGUUGAAAAAAAAAAAAAAAAAAAAGCAAAGAAUUAUGGGUUGUCGAGAAUCGAAAGAACAGUGUGGUCCAAAUUUAACCGAAAGAAGGAAGAGCAAUGUUUGCCAGGAUCCUAAUAGUGUGGAGAGCGCCAUACCCCAGGUCGAUCCCCGGCUUCCGCUCAAUGCUCGAGAUAUUUUCAAACUGAAGCAGUCUUGGAAAGGGAUUAAACGAAACAUGGAAACGACUGGAGUGGAGAUGUUUAUAAGGUUGUUUCAAACGGAAGAAGAGAUCGGCUAUUUGUUCUCUGAUUUCAAAAACGUCCAUUCAGACGCUUUGAGACAGAAUGAGGUUCUGGAAGCUCACGCAUUAUUAGUUAUGGCGACCCUGGACAAAGCAAUUACUUCACUCGAUGACUACGAAGCUGUACGAGAGUCGUUACUAAGAACAGGAGCCAAACAUUAUCGACUUAAAAAUUACAAACCGCAAUAUUUUAGAUUAAUGGAAGAGCCAUUUUUAAGUGCCAUUAAAAUCACGUUGGGAGAUCGGUAUUCGGAAAGCAUGGAGAUCAUUUACAAAAAGACAAUUGAUUUUAUCAUUACUAACUUGCAAACGGGUAUUCUUGACGCUAUCGCAGAAGGAGAACGAACAGAUAAUGCUGAAAACUCUCAACCAGCACCUAUUGAAAAUACGAAUCAUGUGACCUCCACACCUACAGUACAGCCACUUCCGGUUGUUUCGUAAAAAAAAAAAUUAUAUAUAUGCUCUUAACCAGAUUAUUUCUGCCUCCUAAUGUCAGUCGAAUAUAUCUUUCUACAACUCCGUC